CACUUUCAGCCAGCUUUUUGAGGCAGUUUUGGACCCUCUUCUCCUGUUCUCUGAACAAACACCACUUCAUGUCCAAUCCAAUCAUCCACUUCAUGUCAAUCCAAAACCCACCCAGCGGUGCAAAUAACACAAGUUAUAUUAAUUAUUACCUUGCUCUUUCUUUUUCUUUUUUCUUAAAUAAUCAUGUCUGUCACUAGUCCACAUUACAUGAAAAAGAAAAAAAUUAAGCAUAUGUAUGUGAGCAGAACCAAAAAAAAAAAAAAAAAGAAACAAAGAAAACAAACAAGAUCGUUUUAAAUAAUUCAGAGAUUCUACAGCUUUUAUAUAAAAAGUUUUUUCACGGCAUGUCCCUGUCGGUAUUAAUAAUUGUUGUUUUUCUUUUUCCUUUUUGAGUUCCUUUUCGUUAACUAAUACGAUGUUCAGUUACUUACAGCCAGUAGAUGCAUUUCUGUGUGUCUGGUACUGUUUAUAAGUAUUCCAUGCUAAUUUGUACUAACACACAUGUGAUGUGAUCUCUUCUGUUCUGUUCUGUUUCUGAUCUGAUCUCUGUUUCAAGAGAAUCAUAUUUCUUUACUUGACCAGAUCUCUCAUUGUAUCAACAACAACAGCCCAGUUCAAGAUUGUUCAAUUCUCAUACUGCGUUUGUUUAAAAAGGAUUAAAUUUGUUUUUAAUUUUAAAAUAUUUUGAUUUUGAGAUGGGGAGUCUCUGCUCCAAGUUCAUUCCAUGCUGCUUGGAUUCACAGUUCAAAGCAGCUGCAGUCGUUGAAGUUCCUGAUACUGUUGGGAAUGAAGGAAAGAGUGAGAUUGAUUACUUGCCAGCUUUUCGUGAGUUCACGUUCGAGCAGUUAAAGAAUGCAACGUCAGGUUUUGCAGUAGAAAACAUAGUGUCUGAACAUGGAGAGAAGGCUCCAAAUGUUGUUUAUAAAGGGAAGCUGGAAAACCAAAGGAGAAUUGUUGUUAAACGUUUUAAUAGAAUGGCUUGGCCUGAUGCAAGACAAUUUUUGGAGGAAGCAAGAUUUGUCGGUCAGCUCCGCAACCAUAGAUUGGCAAAUUUGCUUGGUUGUUGUUGUGAAGGUGAUGAGAGGCUACUUGUGGCAGAAUACUUGCCCAAUGAGACACUUGCAAAACACCUUUUUCAUUGGGAAACACAACCUAUGAAAUGGGCAAUGAGAUUAAGGGUUGCUCUACAUCUUGCUGAAGCUCUAGAAUACUGUACAAGUAAAGGCCGUGCCCUUUAUCACGACCUUAAUGCUUAUAGAAUUCUAUUUGAUGAGGAUGGUAAUCCAAGACUGUCGAGCUUUGGUCUGAUGAAAAACAGCAGGGAUGGAAAAAGUUACAGUACUAAUUUAGCAUUUACACCUCCUGAGUAUUUGAGAACUGGGAGAGUAACACCAGAAAGUGUGAUAUAUAGUUUUGGCACUCUUUUGGUUGACCUUCUCAGCGGAAAGCAUAUCCCUCCCAACCAUGCCCUUGACUUGAUACGGGACAGAAACCUACAGAUGUUGACAGAUUCUUGCUUGGAAGGACAGUUUUCUAAUGAUGAUGGGACUGAGUUAGUACGCUUGGCUUCUCGAUGUUUACAGUAUGAACUCCGGGAACGACCAAGUUCAAAAUCAUUAGUGGCUGCUUUGACUCCUCUUCAGAAGGAAACUGAAGUUCCUUCCCAUGUUUUAAUGGGUAUACCACAUAGUGCUUCGCUCUCUCCUUUAUCCCCAAUUGGUGAGGCUUGCUCGAGAAAGGACCUGACAGCCAUACAUGAAAUCUUGGAUGGCCUUGGCUAUAAAGACGAUGAAGGAGUAACAAAUGAGCUUUCUUUCCAAAUGUGGACUGAUGAAAUGCAAGAAACUUUAACUUUCAAGAAGAAGGGUGAUUCUGCUUUCAAGCAGAAGGACCUCAGAGAUGCAAUUGAGUGUUAUACACAGUUCAUUGAUGCUGGAACCAUGGUUUCCCCAACCCUUUUUGCACGACGCAGCCUGUCUUUCCUCAUGACUGACAUGCCUCAAGAAGCUCUAAAUGAUGCAAUGCAAGCGCAAGUCAUUUCCCCUGUAUGGCAUGUUGCAUCUUAUCUCCAGGCUGUCGCCCUUGGUGUAUUAGGAAUGGAGACUGAAGCACAGGUAGCACUGAAGGAAGGUACAAAUUUAGAAGCUCAAAAGAACGCAACCUCUGAACAGAAGUGACAAAUGUGGAAUACGCUUACGGUGAUCUGUGAAUUUCCUUGAUUCCUUCAAGUGAUGCUCCAUAUGAGCACGAACGCAUGGCACUGAUUGUAGUUUUCACUUCCAAGGAUGGCGACGAUAGCUUUCAAUCGUUUCCAUAAUUUUAGUCAAAGAGAGCAAAUUUUAUUUCCACUGAUGAUUGGUAUCUUGGGGUUGGAAUUUUUCCAAACAAACAAUAUAAAGCAUAGAAGCUCUGCUGAUUCUUGCGAGGCUUGAUCAAUUGUGUACUUACAGGUUCUAAAAGGAUUUCCUGUCACUCCAUUAGAAACAGGAGAAAAUUUGUAUUUGUUGUUUUUAUUCUUUUCGGCGAGUGAAAAAGAAAGUUGACGGGAGGCAAAGAACAUUUGUUUGCUUGUCCUUUGUGUAUAGCGUCUCCCUAAUUAUCAUUUUCUUGGUGAUAUUGAGCAAUGUUAUUUGGCACUGGUAGGGAAUAUUCCUACUAUGUUCCCAUUUGCUUGGCA